AUGAGCGGCUUCCGGUUCCUGUCGCUUGUGCGGCCUUUCAUGUCCAUCCUACCAGAGGUAGCGGCACCAGAACGUAAAGUGCCCUUCGAGAGCCGAGUCAUGUGGACUGCCAUCGUCCUCGCCAUUUUCCUCGUCUCCUCCCAGAUCCCUCUUUACGGUAUCGUCUCGAGCGAUAGCUCUGAUCCGCUCUACUGGAUGCGUGUCAUCCUCGCUUCGAACCGUGGUACGCUCAUGGAACUCGGUAUCUCGCCCAUCGUCACCUCGGGAAUGAUCAUGCAGCUCCUCGCAGGUGCCAACCUCGUCGAGGUCGACUUCAGCCUCAAGGAAGACCGUGCGCUCUUUGGCGGUGCCCAGAAGCUCUUUGCGCUCAUCAUCUCGCUUGGUCAGGCCACCGUCUACGUGCUCACCGGUCUCUACGGCCAGCCCAAGGAUCUCGGCGCCGGUGUCUGCUUGCUUCUCAUCCUCCAGCUCGUCGUUGCCGGUUUGAUCGUCAUUCUUCUGGAUGAGCUCCUUCAGAAGGGCUAUGGUCUCGGUUCCGGUAUCUCGCUCUUCAUCGCUACCAAUAUUUGCGAGUCGAUCGUUUGGAAGGCUUUCUCGCCCACCACCGUCAACACGGGCCGUGGCCCCGAGUUCGAAGGUGCUCUCGUUGCCCUCUUCCACCUGCUCUUCACUUGGAACGACAAGUCGCGUGCGCUCAAGGAGGCUCUCUACCGUGACCGUCUGCCCAACGUCAUGAACCUACUCGCCACUCUGCUCAUCUUCCUCGUCGUCAUCUACCUCCAGGGUUUCCGCAUCGAGAUCCCCGUCAAGUCGAACCGCUUCCGUGGCCAGCGUGGUACCUACCCCGUCAAGCUCUUCUACACGUCCAACAUGCCCAUCAUGCUCGAGUCGGCGCUUACCUCGAAUGUAUUCAUCAUCAGCCAGAUGCUCGCCUCGCGCUUCCCCACCAACCUGUUCGUCAAGCUGCUCGGUAUUUGGGAGCCCUUGGAGGACAGUGCGCAGCUUCACGCUGUGGGUGGUAUUGCAUACUACAUGUCGCCUCCGCACAACUUCAAGGAGGUGGUCGGCGACCCGAUUCACACUGCCAUCUACAUUGCUUUCACGCUUACCGCGUGCGCGCUCUUCUCCAAGACAUGGAUCGAGGUCUCGGGCUCCGGCCCGCGCGAGGUCGCUAAGCAGCUCAAGGACAACCAGAUGGUGAUGGCCGGACACAGGGACGCAUCCAUGUACAAGGAGCUCAAGCGCGUGAUUCCCACCGCUGCCGCUUUCGGCGGUGCCACCAUCGGCGCUCUUUCCGUUUGUGCUGAUAUGAUCGGUGCCUUCGGCUCGGGUACGGGUAUUUUGCUUGCUGUUACCAUCAUCUACUCGUACUUCGAGAUCGGCAUGCGCGAGGCUGGUGGUCCGGAGAUGGCUGCCAUGGGCGAACUGUUUGGUUGA